AGUACCCAAGAAGUGAUGAUUGUUCGUACGAAUUCAUCCUCCAGCUGCCGGCAAGCUGAGCAAGAGUUUGAUGAGGAAUGGGAUCUGAUGCAGUUUAACCAAUCCUGGGACCAAACCCCAACUUAUCAAGCAAACGAUGAGAUCAUGGAGGGUUCGGGCGACGGUUCGCCGCAAUCGUCGAUGUGCAUGGUGAAGGCGGCCGAGCUUUUUCCCAAACCGAUCCUCGAGAAGGAGGAAGAUAAGCUCACCGUACGAUUCACUGAGCUUGCCGGCGAAUCCGUGCGGUACCUGGGUCAGACUGAUGAUGGCAUCCUGGCACUAUCCAACUAUCGGCUGUUCCUGCAGAAAAAUAGCACCGGCGCCGAAGUGUCGGUACCGCUCGGCCUGAUCGAAUCGACGCAAGUGCGUGACCUGUUCCAUCUCAUAGUGAACUGCAAAGACGCUAGUACUGUGCGCUGUUCAUUUGCGACGUCGGAGCAGUGCGGUGAAUGGCACCGCCGGAUCACCCUCUCGAUCGGUGUGCCGGAAACGCUCGAGGCACUGUUCGCCUUCCCGUUCCAUGCGUGGGCCUCGGAAUCGCCCACGCUCAACCAGGACAACGAAUGGGCCGGCCGUUUGCAGCGCGUCGGUUCGUUCGAUGACGAGUUUCGGCGCGAAGCGGAACGGUUACAGUUCGAUCUGCAGGGUGCCUGGCGCAUCAGUCAGGCGAACGCGGAAUUUAAGCUGUGUGCAUCGUACCCACGGCUGCUGCUCGUGCCCGCCUGCAUCUCCGACGACACGCUGCAGAAUGUGGCCAGCUUUCGAAGCUCGCGGCGCAUACCGGCGGUCGUGUGGCGCCACCAGCGCACCGGAGCCGUUAUCGCACGCUGCAGCCAGCCCGAGGUGGGUUGGCUUGGGUGGCGUAACUCGAAGGAUGAACAGCUGCUGAAAGCGCUGUCCGAUGCCUGCUCGUUCGACCGUGGCACGCAGGAUCGGUCCAGCGAUGGUACGAGACGAACGCGAACACAGACGGACAGCUCGGAAGCGUCGAGCGAGGGUAGUCCACCGCGCAGUCCGGAGGGAAGCCACGAGGAGGUGGAAAUGGACGAGCCGAAGAAGAUUCUGAUCGUGGAUGCGCGGUCGUACACGUCCGCGGUAACGAACCGGGCGCGUGGCGGUGGAUGCGAGUGUGCCGAGUACUACCCGAGCGCGGAGAUCCAGUUCAUGAGCUUGGGCAACAUCCACGUGAUAAGGAAAAGUUUCCACGCGUUACGGCAGCUCUGUGCCUCCCAGGCGGACAUUCCAAAUUGGCUCGGAUUGCUGGAACGGACGCUUUGGUUGCAGCAUCUGUCCGGUUUGCUGGCGGCCUCGAUGGUCGUAUGCCAUGCGAUCGAACGCAACGGCCGGCCAGUGCUGGUACACUGUUCCGAUGGUUGGGAUCGUACGCCCCAGAUCGUUGCCACGGCACAGCUCUGUCUCGAUCCGUACUACCGCACGAUCGAAGGGUUUCGCGUGCUGGUCGAGCGGGAGUGGUUGAGCUUCGGUCACAAGUUUGCCGACCGUUGCGGGCAUGGGCCCGGUUCGGACGAAACCAACGAACGGUGUCCGGUGUUUCUGCAGUGGCUCGACUGCGUGCAUCAGAUUCAUCGUCAGUUUCCUUGCAGCUUUGAGUUCGACAUGGGCUACCUGAUCAAAUUAGCACAACAUUCGCAUUCGUGCCUGUUUGGAACGUUCCUGUGCAACACGGUCAAGGAGCGGCAGGAAAAUAGCGUCCCCGAUCGGACGUUCUCCGUGUGGCCUUUCCUAUCCGGUCCGAUCUACAAGAACCAUCUGUACGUGCCGAACCGCGAGCGUGUCCUGUGGCCGGCACACAACGUGCGCGAUCUGCGCCUCUGGACGGAAGUGUACCUGGGCAGCUGGGGCGGCCACAACCAGCAGUCGGCCUCCGAAGUGGCCGAUUAUCCAACGGCAAGCGUACCGCCGUCCGGCGGCGGAUCGGACGUCGUGUCGGCUGUGGUCGGUGUGCGAAGCAUCGGGGCCGGUGUUGACACCGCCGGCCCAACAGGAGGAGCACCGUCGGUCGUGAACGUUGUUGUCGAUGGAAUGGCAUCGACGGCAUCGGUGGCAAGCAGCUGCAGCCCGGAGCAGAACGGUUCGAUGACGAAAACGCGCUCGUACAGUGAUAUCAAAGAAGCAACCUCAGGCGGUGUUAUGACGCGUCGCUCAAGCGAUCCAAGCAUGACACUAGACUCAAGCAUUAUUAACCGCGUUGGUGGACCUGCCCCGACGCUAAACCUCUCGCAGGAAGAAAGCUCGAUCGAUUCAAACCUCUCGUCCGACCGUGAGACUUCACCCGAUCUUCGCCCCAUCGACGAUCGCCUGCUGCAUCGUGGAGUGACGGCCAGUUCCUUCAUACAGCAUGCCACCGAAAAGCUGCAAAGCCUCACGCAGGAGCUAAACCAAUCGGACGAAGAGCUAGAGCAAGCGAUCAAGAACCAGCGCAAUCUAGCGAUCACUAGCAGCAGUGCGGCAGCAGCACCGGCCGAACCCAUCCUUUCUUCCUCAGCCUCUUCUAGUCUCUACGCAAACGGUAGUAGCAUCGGUGGAAUCGAUAGUCUAGCAGCAGCGGCUGCGGCCACGCUCAUACCAACCGCAACCACAAACGUUCGCCCCUCCUUUACGACGACCAGUAUCAGCGGUAGCAGCACCGGCGCGAUGCAGCCGCAAACAGUCGACGAGAGGAGCAUCUAUCGCUACCGUUUCCAACCGAUCGUGCCGGAAUUGCCAACGACGAAUGAUGCGUCACGAUGCUCGCCCAAGAUAUCGUGCGAGUCAAGCAACAGUCCCACGACCCGUCAGCUGGUCAUGUGGCCGAACAACGCGAUCGAUGAAAAUACGUCCCGUAUCAUCAAGAUCGAAUCGUACCAGUCGACAGCCGGCGGUAACAAGGAUGUACUGGACGGAGGUGGCGGCGGCGGCGGUGGUGGACUCGAUCGAGCCAUGAAUCGUGCCGUCAUCGGGCGGCCCAUCAUGGCCAACGACGAUAUGAUGAUGGAGAGCGUCGACCUAACCGUCGGUGGAUCGGACGAUAGCAGCUUCGUUGGUGAUAAACUACUCUCCACUUCGCCUAAUCGGUUAGAAUCACCGGCUGGCCUGAAUGACCGAUCGCUCAGUCCCAACCUGUGGCAUGGAUCGAUAGAAACCAGCACGGACACGCUGGUGCCGGUCGAUCAGUAUCCACUCUCCACGCCAGCAGGCCCCUGUAACGUGACCGAGGACGGUGAGAAGGUGCGACACGGACACGACCGGCGGAAGACAUCGCUGCUCGAACAGGAACAGCACUGCAGCAGCAGCAGCAGCAGCAACGGUGUCGGCGGUAGUAUUAGUUUAGCAGUAGAAACCAACAGUGAUAGCAGUCGGCAGAGACUUGUAAACGGUAAAGGAUCGGAAGCGACAGCGGCGCCAAACGACAGUUCGGACGGGGCCGAGGUCACGGGCGAUAGCUGCACUACCACAACUGCUGCGACUGGUGAUAGUAAUGGAUGUGAUUUUACUAGUGAUAGUCAUGAUUACGAUAGGAAAUUAUCAAAUCAAUCAACGCUGGCACUAUUGGCCGGCGAUUCGCUACCAAAAGAUCGACCUGACUACCGCCACCAUCAGCAUCCGCCAGAACCGACCUUGGAAAGCGAUCGUGGUGGAGGAGGAGGACGGUCGGCACAGAGCAACCUUUUUAACAGCAGCAGUAGCAACGUUAACUACAAUAAACUCAAAGCGAACGGAACGCCGAGCGUACCGAUUGUACCGGUGUCCGCUGGUCAGGCCACCACCACCAACAACAGUAACUUGCUCACCUCGAUGAUGCUUAUGGACGAAAGCAUUAUCAUUCAGCCACAGUUCCAGCAGCUAGAGAUUAAUGGCAAACAGCCGGCGGCUGGUGAAGGUGCUGUGGCGGCUGCUGCAGCAAUGCCACAGAAGGAGCGACGAAGAAGAAACUCGUCCAACUCGAAACAUGACCUCAUGAGUCCUUGUAAACCAACCAACGGAAGUAUAUCCCCAAGUGCCACACACUCCCGGUUUUCGACACCGGGCGCCCGGUCACUGCCACUGACACCACCGAGCGUACCGUACGCGGCGGACAGGCCACCGGUAGCGACGUUCUCAUGCCCGGACGGGCUAGCACACGCACUGUCGGAACAAAAUUUGCGUCUCCAGCAGAUUGUCUACGAGCAUCGGCUCCGCGAGGAAGCACUGCAGCGUGAGCUGUACGCCACCCGGUUAGCACUGUUGAAGAAAACCUGCCAGCACUGUUGUAGCAGCAGCGCCCAGCCACAGUACGGCAAUGAGGAUCCGGUGCCGGUGAGCAUUUCCAUAACGAGCGUUGCCGCUUUAACCGCUACCGCCGCCUCAGCCACGACGGCAGCGGCCAGGAUCGGUAGGGAGAUCGAUCGGAAACACCACGACGGUGCACAUAGUCACGUCAGCAACAGCAGCAGCAGCAGCAGCAGCAGUAGCGAAGGUGGUGGUAGUAUGAGCACUGUCACCUCCAUCCGUACCAUGACCGCCACCACCACCACCACCACCACCACUGCCACCGGAGAUCUGUCCGUGGACGCAUGGAUAGGAUCUUCUUCCAUCUAUGGACUGCUUUCGGGGCGGCACGUACACGAUGAAGACGGUAAAGCGCUGUUAGUGUUUUCCGACGAGGAAGAGGAAGAAGAUGAUGCGUCUGGUAAUGGUACUGCGGCACAGCAGGAAGAACAUUGCUUGUGUGAAGCGAUAUUGAAACAUAACCGUCGAUUCGCACAUAAUGUGCGUGUGUGGCGUACCGUUCGUCAAUUUCUCGAACGCACACGACAGAAACGCAGCGACUGUCCUUCACGACACUCGGUAAAACCUCGCGUGGAGUCUUACCCUCUAGACGAUCCGCUCAGCGAGUACUACGCCGAUAGUAGCGGGGCUGACGAUGACGAGAGGAACAGUAGUGGCAGUAGCGACAUUUUAGACGGUGGUAGUGACAUUGACAUUGCACCGGAAAGAAGGACUACUAUACAGCAACCGAAGCUUACUGACAGCACUGACAGCAUCCAGUAUUGCGGAGCAGAAAAACAGUGGGUUGACGGUAGUAGUGGUGAAGGUGGUGGUGGUGGUGAGAAGGAAGAGGAUGUGAAUGUGGAUGCUGAACUAUCCUCCCAACUGAUGGUGGAUUCAAUGAACGAAAAUGCAUCCAACUGUUCGUGGGAAGCGGUCGACGAUCGGAGCGCACCGUCGUCCGGUGCCAACUCGUCCCAGCAGAUGCAGUACAGCAGUAGCGGUGUUGGUGGUAGCACCAGCGUGCUCUGGGUUCCCGAUCACGCCGUGACACGGUGCACCACCUGCCAGACCGAAUUUUGGCUCGGACGUCGCAAACAUCACUGUCGCUCGUGCGGGCAAAUCUUCUGUGCGGACUGUUCCGAGUUUACGGCCCAUCUGCCGGAGGAGCGCCUAUAUCAACCGGUUCGGCUGUGUGGUCCAUGCUACCAGCGGAUCUCCUCCAUGACGGUUCCUGCUACCAUCACCAAUUCCCUCGCCACGGCCGGAGGCACACUACCUUCCUCCAGUGUGGCCAAUAGCCUAACCGCAUCGACGACGGUAAACGGUGGCACACCGCUAAGCGAGGAUGCCAACGCGUUCCUGCACCGUUCGAACGUAACGGCAGCUGCCACGAUGAUGAUGCGCGAUCGGAUUACCAGCAUGAGCCAGAUCCAGUCGUUGCUGGCGGCCGAAUGUAGCGCGGAAGCACCGAGGGCAAGCGAAAGUUGCUGCAAGCAGAACGUAACUGCGGCAACAAACUAAACUUCGAUCUGACCUGUGUCGCGGAAUGUGUGGGUGAGUGGGUGUGUGCUUUUAGGAGCCGGAAGUUGCACGCGUACUCGUGAAGAAUAAGCAGGAGACCACAUUUUAGGAAACAAAACUGACGAGUGCCAACACACCAUCACAUUGAUUGUUAACUUUUUAUUGUCUUACACACGAUCCGCCGCCUCGUUUAUCAUAAUGUUUCAUUUUGUUUUUGUUUUGUUGCUGUACACAAACAUUUUCACAUUCAUUUACACAGCGAACCGCGAGCGGACGCACGAUUACUGUAACUAAUAAUUUAUCAUACUUUACUUUACACUUGUUGUUUGACUCGUUUUACGGAUUCUUGAUAGAAGUGGUGUUAUUGAUAGGGAGGGGAGGUCUGUUUUAUCCUUCGCUUUAACAAUGAAACUUACACUCUCUGGUAAGCGUUACUUUUUUGUUUAAACUUCGACCACGUGGCCGCCCGAGAACGCGUUUAGUGGAGGAAUCGUAAGCAUGUGCGCGAGAAGUUAAAAGCGGCUGAACAGUAAAAUGCUGUGUGAUUAUUUUUGUGACCUUUCUAUUUCUCAAAAAAAAAAAAAACAAAGAAGUUAUGUUAUAGUAGUGUGGCGAUCAAAAAAGAAAAGCCUAUGAAAUAAUCAAACGGAGGGUGGUAUACAUACAUAAGUUUUGCGGUGUAAUUGUUGUGGGGAGCAAUGUGGAAGCAAAACGGGGGAAUGGUACGGUAAAAACUAUGUUAUUUCUUAUGUAAAGUAUGCAAAAUUUGCUACCAGAGCAUGCGGUGAAACAACUCUGUGCAAAAACACAUCACACUAGUAAAGACAUUGUUAAAAGGAAGAGAACAAAUGCCUCCCGGAAAGCCAAGAAAAAAACCUUCUACGAUAUAGACAAGAUCAGUAAAAUAAGCAAUUGCAACAGAACAUCACAACAUUUCGAUAAGUGUUUAUCAAAACGCUACAUAUAACUAUAUCCCUCACAACACAAGGCGAAGGAAGUAAAACACAAAACAGAGAAAAAAAAACGAAAAUAAAAAGAAACUUCGUUUUCGGGAGAGCAAAAGCAGAACAAUACACACAAAUAACAUUAAGAGUAGAGAAGAGAGAAAAGAAAACACAUUUAAGAAAGAUUAUAUAUAUAUACGUGUAUAUGAAACACAAGCAUAGCUAACAAAACAAAGGGUAGAUUGUAAAGGCACAUGAUUGCAAAGAGAGGUAGCAAACGAACUGCAAAAGAGAACAAAACCCAAACAGGAGAAUGGAUUUAGGAUUUUAAUGCAAACAAAACAAACAAUGCAACACUGGAGGAGAUCAGCAGCGCGUGUGUUUGGAGACGCGAAUCCUGUAACACACAUGAGAAUAAGACGAGAAUACCGGAACGAGUUUAAUCGAACCACAGCAACACAAAAGCAGUAGUGUAGCCGACUUAAACCUAACCUCAAAGCGAAUGAAUUAGAAGCGGAAGCAGCGAUAACGAACGGGGGAGGUGAGAAAGGGAGACUAAUCAAGAAACACAAGCAGCACCAACUGAACCCUCCCCCCUCCAAGGAUGAGGCCCGAAAUCACUCGAAAUUACUGCGUGUGUGUGUGUGUGGUGGACACAUUCAUUUCAAAAAGGUUAGUUCUUAUGUUUACCAACCAACAUCAAUGCGUAUGUAAUCUCGGCAUUAUAUUAAUUCAAUCCGUUAGCUUUGGACAGACACACAUACACACACACUAACUCAUUAAACUUUGGUGUUUUUAAAAACAAUGAAGGACACAAAUUGUCCUCAUCCUCCUUCCCACAUUAAGAAGCAAAACAAAAAAAAAAA